UGUCUUGAGUUAUGCGUUUAGUCUUUGCCCUGUGCGCACGCAUAGGGCGCAGUCGUGCCAGGGUCACUCGGAUUAUGCUCGGCAUAUCGUCUCUUUUAAAUAAACCGAGGAUUUUAACAGAGGCACGCAGACUUGAUAAUGAACUGGCAGUGGAGUGACAUAUAUUCCCAUCCGUUAUGGAUAGUUUCAGCGGCGAUCCUGGCCAUAAUUGUACGCGCGCAGCGGAAAGCAUCGUGGAACCCGCGCGCUUGUCCCGUUAAGUUAAAAGGGAAAACUGCGAUUGUGACUGGAGCUAACACGGGUAUUGGGAAAUUCAUUGCCCUGGACUUUGCUCGUCGUGGGGUGCGGGUGAUCCUGGCGUGCCGGAGUGAGGCUCGUGGGACUGCAGCACUACAAGAAAUCAGAGAAAGUACUGGGAACCAGAACGUACAUCUGCGUCUGCUUGACACCUCGUCGCUCGGCUCUGUGCGGAAGUUUGCAGCACGGAUCUUGGAGGAUGAGAAGGAAUUGCAUAUCCUGGUCAAUAACGCAGGGGCCUCAGGUGGAAUGCCCAUCUCUCACUCUCUCUCUCACUCUCUCCAUCUCUCAUAUAUUAAUUUGUAUGUCCAUACAAACCAAGGUUUGUUAAUACCUACAGGCCUACCGAGUAAGAUCACUGCAGAUGGGUUGGAAAUCACUUUUGCAACCAACCACGUUGGGCCGUUUCUGCUCACCAGUUUGCUUUUAGACCUUUUGAAGGAAUCAGCUCCAGCUCGUAUCGUAAAUGUUUCGUCUAUGAAUCACUGGAAAGGUGAGGUAAACUUUGACCAUUUCCGUGGUCACAAUCUAAAGCAUGUGAUGGAUGCUGCAUAUAACCACACCAAGCUGCACAACGUCAUCUGGACCAACGAGUUGGCACGCAGGCUUCAGGGCACAGGUGUGACGGCAAACUCUCUGCAUCCAGGUGUAGUUAUGACAGACGUAAUGAGAAAUUACAACUUUAUUAUCCGAUUCCUCUUCAACUUGGUCGGCUAUUUCUUCUUCAAAACCGCUGAAGAAGGGGCUUUCAGUCCAAUAUACUGUGCAGUGUCCGAAGAAGCAGAAGGAAUAACAGGAAAAUACUUCGACAGUGACUGUUCCCUGGUCUUACCAGCACCUUCUGCCAGAGAUCCUGCUCUUGGAGUGAAGGAAUAUAAGUUUUGUGAGAGACUGACUGCUAAACCUUAAAGAGACAUGCAGUUCAAUUCAUGAUUUAUUCACCCUCAUCCCAAACCUGUGUGUUUUGACUUUUGAAGCUUUAUGUGAAGAGCUGACUGAAAUUAACUUUUGCCCAAUACUAAUUGUUUCAUAAGCUCCAUCAGAGUCAGACACGGCAGUUACUGAUUGUUGUAACCUUUUUUUCUAGAGCAGAAAAUGCUGUUCAAAACGUCUUUGAAUGAAGAACAUAUAAAAACUAAAUUUGUCAUUAUGGCUCUUUUUGGAAACUCAACAGCUUUUACAGGGAGUUAUUCUUUCAGUUGUGAUGUUUUUGAUGUUACCUUCUGCCAUGUGGCAGUUCUUUUCUCAAGCUUAUCAAUAAGAAAAGACUGAAGGCUGUUAAAGAAGCGCUCCUAAAAUGCAAUGUGAAUUUCUGCUUUUCCACUCUAGGCACAUCUAAAGGUUUUGACAGCUGUUCUCUAUUUGCUAUAAAUAGUUCUGCAAUGAAAUACAGGCUAAAGUUUCCAUAAUUAAAAAAACAUGUCCAAAUCUAAGCAUGCACCCUAUGAUUUCCAACCAUCAUGCUGAUUUCUACACUAAACAGAACAUUAAACUCACACAUACGUUAUGUCAUUCUAUACAGUAUUGUUUAACAGUCUGGUUGAUUUCUUGUAUGAUUUCUUAAAGAAAUUAUUUUACCAGCAAGUAUGCAUUAAAUUGAUGGAAAGUGA